AUGAAGCUGCUAUUAUUUAUCCUAUGCUUUUCUCCUUCUUUCUAUGGUACUUCUACCUUGAGUUUGGAUGGGUUGACUCUAUUAUCACUACUGAAACGCUGGACUUCCGUGCCUCCUUCCUUAAAUUCAAGAUGGAAGUCCUCUGAUUCUACCCCUUGUUCAUGGCCAGGGAUACAAUGUGACCGUUACCAGAAUGUGGUCUCUCUAAACCUCACCGCAUCUCAGAUUUUUGGUCACCUUGGGCCAGAAAUUGGACAGCUGACUCACUUGCAGAAACUUUUGUUGGCCACAAAUGGUUUCUCAGGUACAAUACCCCCAGAGUUAUGUAAUUGUCGUCUGCUUGAGUAUGUUGAUCUUUCUGAGAAUCAUUUGUCAGGAAAUAUACCUUCAGAAAUUGGUAAUUGCAAAUCUUUGAAGUCGUUACAAUUAUAUUCCAAUCAACUCGGAGGAGCCAUUCCAAAUGAAUUGGGAAGCCUAAGUAAAUUGGAGGACAUUAAAUUGUAUUUCAACCACUUGACAGGUGAAAUUCCACUUGCCAUUUGGAAGAUUCAGAGUCUUAAGCAUAUCCUUCUUCAUAAUAAUAGCCUUUCAGGGAAAUUACCUUCAGAGAUGACAGAGCUCAAGCAUCUGAAAAAUAUCUCAUUGCUUGACAACCGAUUCUCUGGACCAAUUCCUCAAAGCCUGGGAAUCAAUAGCAGUUUAGUGAAGCUGGACAUGAUGAAUAAUAAGUUUACUGGUGGCAUCCCCCCAAAUCUUUGUUUUGGAAAGCAACUCCGCACACUGCUUUUAGGUCAUAAUCAAUUUCAAGGGGGCAUACCUCCAGAUUUGGGAAGAUGUGCAACUCUUGCAAGGUUGGAUCUCAGUGACAAUAAUCUUUCUGGGCCUAUUACUAAAUUUGAAGGUAAUAAUGAUCUCAUGUACAUGGACAUGAGCAAGAACAACAUCAGUGGAGAAAUUCCAUCUACUUUGGGAAGCUGCACAAAUCUCAUUGGUUUAAUUCUGUCCACAAAUAACAUCACAGGGCUUAUACCCUCAGAGUUAGGAAACCUUUUGAACCUUCAGGUUCUGAAUCUUGCUCACAAUAAUCUAGUCGGUACUUUGCCGCUGCAACUGUCGUACUGUACCAAAAUGUUUGCAUUUGACGUGGGAUUCAAUUUUCUUAAUGGUUCAUUCCCAUCAAGCAUGAGGAGCUGGACAGUUAUAGGCAGAUUAAUUUUAAGGGAUAAUCAUUUCAGUGGGGUUGCCCCAUUUUUCUUCUCAGAUUAUACCCAGCUUCUCGAAUUACAACUUGGUGGAAAUAUGUUUGAAGGAGUAAUUCCCGAAUCAAUUGGAUUCAAUAGCUUGUGGAUGCUCGAAAGCCUGGAUUUAUCCCUGAACAAUUUGACAGGAAGCAUACAAGCUCUUGGCAUAUUUUUUUCAUUAACAAAAUUCAAUAUAUCUUACAACUCAUUUUUUGGUCCUUUACCAGAAGGGGUAACGGGAUCUCCAUCAUCUUUCUUGGGAAAUCCUGGCCUCUAUGUUCGUUGUUCAACCUCGGAUGUCUCGGGUUGUGAAUACCAAUUAGGAUCAACUGGCCCCAAAGGCAGUAAAAAACCAAUUUUAUUUAUAGUGCUUGUCAUUUGCUUGUCAUUUGUAAUCUGCCUCUCAUCUGUCACUCGCAUCUGCUGGUUUAUGCAAAUAUCUAAUGGGGAGGUCAAUGUUGACCAUGAAGAACAAGAGGAUUUGUUUUCAAACGAUGAAGGAUUUUCUAGAAUUUUUAACCUACUAGAUGCUACAGAACAGCUACAUGAUCAACAUAUAAUUGGUGAAGGAGGGCAAGGAAUUGUUUAUAAAGCCGAACUUGAUAUUGGAGUUUUUGCUGUUAAGAAGGUUAAAUUUGCACAAAGCAAUAGGAGGAAACCAAACAUGAUCAGGGAAAUUGAAAUGACUAGGAAGAUGAGGCAUCAAAAUGUGGCAAGAUGCCUAGGCUCCCGGAUUGGUAAGGAAUAUGGUCUAAACAUUAGCAGGUACAUGGAAAAUGGAAGCCUUCAUGAUGUUUUACAUGAAAAUGUUCCGCUACCCUACUUAGCAUGGAAUGUCCGCUACAAAAUUGCUAUUGGAAUUGCAAAAGGACUAGCAUACCUCCAUCAUGAUUGUGAUCCACCCAUAUUGCACCGAGACAUCAAACCAAAGAAUAUACUCCUUGAUUCUGAUAUGCAACCUUGUAUUACUGAUUUUGGUAUUUCGAUUGCUUUGAAUCAAUCCUCUUCUACGGUGCGGCUACGGUCAACAUAUCAUAUAGGUACUCGUGGCUUCAUGGCACCAGAGACUGCAUGUGUGGUAGUGCCCAGCUGUGAGCUUGAUGUAUAUAGCUAUGGGGUAGUUUUGCUUGAGCUGAUAACUAGAAAGAAAGUAUUAGACUCCUCAUUUUUGGAAGAGGAAACCACUUUGGUGGGUUGGUUUAAAUCUGUAUGGAGGAGAACGAAUGAACUUGAAGAGAUUGUUGAUUCAUCCCUUGUAAGGGAGCUUUCAGGUUUAGACGUAAAGGUGCAAGUCAUCAAAGUGCUUUUGGUGGCUCUAAUUUGUACUGAGACAGAUCCAGGAAAGAGACUGAAAAUGAGAGAUGUCAUCGAAUUCUUUGAAACGCCCACUGAUCCAGGAAUUUUCAUUCAGCAUGACAGAGCGUUUCAUCUAGGGGGUUCUCUUGCUGCUGCAGCAGCCUCUAUAUUUUUCCAGGAGGAAGUCAAGAUCACUGCCAAUAGAGGUUCUUACCCAAUUAUUCACAAGCUGAUGGCGCGUGAUUUGAACAAUUCAAAUAUUAUUGGCAGAGGAGCUCAUGGUGUUGUAUAUAAAUAUUCACUAGGAGCAUCCCUAGUUUAUGCUGUAAAGAAGGUUUCAUUUGCUGGUAACAAAAGAAAGAUUGUAAAGAUAGCUAGAGAAAUUGAAAUCAUUGCAAAGAUUAGGCACCGAAAUCUGGGCAGAUUGCUAGACUUUUUGUUCAUAAAGGACUGCUGUCUGAUCUUGUACAAUUACAUGCCAAAUGGAAACCUUCAUGAUGUUUUGCAUGAAAAGAAUCCACCGCCAUGCCUAGAGUGGAAUGUCCGGUAUAGGAUUGCUCUUGGAAUUGCUCAUGGGUUGGCUUAUCUCCAUUAUGUUUGUCAUCCUGCCAUAGUGCACUGUGCCAUCAAACCUAAAAAUAUACUUCUGGAUUCUGAUAUGGAUCCUCGUAUUGCUAAUUUUGGUGUUGCCAAGCUUUUGGAUCAGUCUUCUUCUUCAACAUCAUCUUUACCAGUUCCAGGCACACAAGGGUAUAUAACACCAGAGAGCACAUAUACAACAGCAAAUACCAGGGAGUUUGAUGUUUACAGUUAUGGGAUAGUUUUGCUUCAGUUGAUAACUAGAAAGAAGGCAGUAGAUCCAUCAUUUAUGAAUGGAACUGAGAUAGGAAUUUGGGUCAGAACUCAAUGGAGGGAAACAGGAGACAUUAAUACAAUUGUUGAUUCAAGCCUUGCAGAGGAGGUUUUGAAGUCAGAUGUACUUGAACGAGUUACCAUAGUGCUUUUGCUGGCUUUGAGUUGCACGGAGAAGAAUCCGCACAUGAGACCCACAAUGAGAGAUGUCAUCAAGCAGUUAGAAGAUGCUAAUCCAAGGACAAGGAGUAAAAAGCUUCCAAGUUCCAUCUCCUUAAAGACCCGUAGUUGA